AUGUCCCUCUCCGAUCGAAAGUCUCCAGUUUUUCUCCAGUCUGACGAACAAACUCGUUUGCUAGCAUCUGAUGGGUUGACCUACCGCAAAAACAAGAAUUCUCAGGUGGAUACCAACCCCUUCUUGGACCCAACCGUGGAAGAGCAUUACCGCGCCGUUUAUGAAAAUUGUCAGUACGAAUGCCGCCAUGAAUUUGAUCCACACAUGGAAUGGACUCCCGAAGAAGAGUCUCGUUUGGUACGGAAAUUAGACCUUCGGGUAGCUGCCUUAGCAUGCUUCAUGUUCGUGGCCCUACAGAUUGACCGAGGUAACUUAGGCCAAGCCACCUCUGACGGAUUUCUAGACGACCUCAACCUCACCACAGAUGACUACAACACUGGCAACACUCUCUUCUUGGUGGCCUUUUUGAUGGCAGAGUUGCCGUCACAGUUGGUAUCCAAGAGAUUGGGCCCUGAUAGGUGGAUUCCCUUCCAGAUGGUUGCCUGGUCCCUUGUGGCCAUUUCCCAGGUUGCCCUAAAAGGUAAAGUGGGUUUCUACACUACCCGGUUCCUACUUGGCCUACUCGAGGGCGGGUUUAUCCCGGUGAUGGUGUUGUGGUUGUCCUACUUCUACACCUCCGACGAAUUGCCAAUGAGGUUGUCAUGGUUCUGGACAACGCUAUCCCUCACCGGUAUUUGCACCUCGCUCUUGGCAGGAGGGAUCCUAAGACUAAGGGGAUAUGCAGGGCUAGCUGGCUGGGCCUGGUUGUUCUUAAUCGAGGGGACCUUCACCCUUGGUAUUGGCAUAGCUGCGUUCUUUCUUAUGGUUCCGUCAGCAGUUGAGACCAAAGCCCCCUGGAGGCCUGAGGGAUGGUUCACCGAGCGGGAGGUUAAAAUAGUGGUCAACCGGAUAUUAAGAAAUGACCCCUCUAAAGGCGACAUGCACAACAGAGAGGCAAUAUCCCUCAAGGCGUUGUGGAAGGGGAUUAGUGAUUACGAUUUGUGGCCAAUUUACCUCAUUGGGUUGAUUGCCUACGUUCCAGUAAACACCCUCGGAAGGUAUCUAUCUAUUAAUUUGAGAGGCUUGGGCUUUACAAUCUUACAGACGAAUCUUUUGGCGAUUCCGUACCAGGUUCUUCACAUUAUCUUGCUCUUGGUUUUUACCUGGCUCAGUGUGAAAUUUGACCUGAGGGCAUCUAUCUCCCUUUUCCAGCCAUUUUACACCGUUCCUCUCAUGGCUAUGCUCUGUUGGUGGCUGGGAACUAUGCAUAAAUGGGGAAUCUAUAUCAUCACAACCUUGGUUUUGGGAAACCCGUAUAUCCACGCAGUUUGUGUCAGCUGGUGCUCUGCCAACUCCAACUCCGUAAGAAGCCGUACCGUUUCGGCUUCCUUGUACAACAUCAGCGUUCAGAUGGGAGGCGUGAUUGCGUCUAACGUUUACAGGGGCAGUGACCUGCCGCUGUACAAGACGGGCAAUAAGGUAUUGCUUGGGUUUGCCUUCAGUAUGGUUCCGCUUCUUCUUGGGACCCGCCAAUACUAUAUCUGGAGAAACCAGUACCGCGAAUCCAUUUGGAAUAAAAUGUCGGAAGAUGAACAAGAGGAUUAUGCUGAGGCAAAUAAGGACUUGGGAAACAAGAGAUUGGACUUUAGAUUUGCGUACUAA